GUACCGUAUUGAGCCGCUGCUGAAUCCUGCUUACACCAACAUGAGCCCAAGGGUGGUGCCACAUUGCGGCGGUGUGCGGUGGAAUCAUCGAAUUGCGACUUUGUGGUCUUCGGUGGCGACGCCGAAAAGCGGUGAUGAGGUGGAUGCCGAGGCUCCCCUGGACGAGGUGCUGGUCGUGCCAACGGAGGAUCCUUCGAGCUUCUUUGAGGACAAGCCCGUUCGGCAGUCGAUUGUCACCGUUGAUCGCCUCGACUAUGCUUUGCAGACCACCCCAUUUGAGAGCAUGAACGAGAUGCUGAGCGCCAUCCACAGCCACUUCAGCUAUUGGGAGAACGAGGACAUGUUGCAGUUCGUCGUUGAUCAGAUUUUCGAAGCUAUCAGCGCCGGCAAAGAAGGCAAAGACGACGCAAGCAAAGGAAAGUGA